UUGAAUGAUUAAAGAUUCUCCAGUACCGCUCAGGCCUUGCUGCCCAAUCCUUCUUUCUCCACUCUUUUUUGUUAAGGAAGAAGAGGAAGAAUAUGGAGAUUAUCAAAAUUUAAGCAGGGAAAUUUGUGGAAUUUUCUUAGUGGUGAUUAAUCCUCAUCACCAUCUUCUUCUUCAUUCUUCCUCUCUGUCUGGUCUCUGCCAUAGCAGCAACUGAAAAAGCUGUGCCUUCUCUACUAUUCUUUUUCUUCUUAUUCUUUAUUUGGUUACACCCAGAAACUUACCACCAUUACCAAUUCUAGUUAUUUCAUUCGUUAGUCUGAAAUAAAUUUCUAACUUGAAGUUGGUAAAGAUUUAUUAGUAAGUUUAUUGAAGUUGAAAGGUCAAUUCUUUUGCCAAAUAAGAGAAACUAAACAGAGGAAUUCUCAUGGCUCUGUUAUCUUCCUUCCCCCAUUCUUGUGCUCUGAGCUUCACUCUCCUCUUCGUCUUCCAAGGCGUUAAUGGUGCUACAUUCACAUUCGUGAACAGAUGUGACUUUACGGUAUGGCCGGGGAUUUUAUCCAGUGCUGGUAGCCCGAAGCUAGAUAGCACAGGCUUUCAGCUUGCCAAGGGCAGCUCUCGGUCCUUUCAAGCUCCAACGGGCUGGUCAGGUCGCUUCUGGGGCCGAACUAACUGUAACUUCGAUAGCUCCGGCCACGGCUCAUGCGCCACUGGAGAUUGCGGCUCCGGUCAGAUGGAGUGCAACGGAGCCGGCGCUACCCCGCCCGCCACUCUUGCCGAGUUCACCCUCGGCUCCGGAUCACAAGACUUCUACGAUGUCAGCCUUGUCGACGGCUACAAUCUGCCCAUGAUAGUCGAAGGUAGCGGUGGUUCGGGCACCUGCGGGACCACUGGAUGCGUCAGUGACCUCAACAGGAAAUGCCCGUCUGAGCUCCGGGGAGAGGGCGGUGCCGUUUGCAGGAGCGCCUGCGAGGCUUUUGGAAAGCCGGAAUACUGUUGCAGCGGCGAGUUUAACUCUCCGGCAACUUGUAAGCCGUCUAUGUACUCGCAGGUUUUCAAGUCGGCAUGUCCAAAAUCAUACAGCUAUGCCUAUGAUGACGAAACAAGCACUUUUACAUGUACUGGUGCUGAUUACACCAUCACAUUUUGCCCCAAUUCUCCCAGUUUAAAGUCUUCAAGAGAUUCCUUUCCCAACACUGAUGAGUCAGGUUCAGGUUCAGGGUCAGAAUCCGAGUCGGAUUCGGAGCCGGUAGAGGCUGCUUCAUUUGCAAGUUCAUGGUUAGCCAACUUGGCCAUUGGAGAUUCAACAAGAAGCUCCCCAAGUUAUCUUCUCCAACAUGCUUUAGUCUUAGCCAUUUCCGCCAUUAUCUUCAUUUUGAACUUGUAGUCCAGUUUACAGCCACCAUUAAAAUUGAUAUAUCCAAGACUGAGAAAAACAAAAACAGAGCAUCUAACUGCGAGAGCCAGAAACUCUUGGGUGGCCGAUACAGUGAAGGAAUUAAAAUUAAUCAAACCCAGAUUGUAGAACACCCACUUUCCAGAUUCUACAUAUUUGAUGUUACUGUAUACGGAUCAUGAACUCUGUAUGUUUAAAGGCUAAAGCAUGCCGGUGCAGGAUUAAACACAUUUGGCUUCUUCUUAUACAAUUUUCAGUGGUUAUUCCUCUA